AUGCUUUUCAAGGCUUGGUCAUCUCUCGUGGUCGCAGUUGCUUCCUUGUCGGUUGCUUCCGCUCUUCGUCAUCACCAUUACCCCCAACGCCCACCCUAUACCCGUGGUCAUGGAAAGACAUGCACUCUCACUCCCAAGGGCCAUGGAGCUGAUGAUGCCCCUAAUAUUCUUGCUGCGGCUCACAAGUGCAACAACGGUGGUAAGGUCGUUCUGCCCGCCGGAAAGAAUUUCACUAUUGGAUCACCUUUGGACUUGACUUUCUUGAAAAACGUCGAUCUCGAGUUUGCUGGACGCAUCACUUUCACCAACGAUACCGACUUUUGGCAGAACAACAGUUAUUACUUGACUUACCAGAAUGCCUCUACCUUCUGGCUCAUUGGUGGUGAAAACACUAACAUUUAUGGUGGCGGUGUCAUCGAUGGUAACGGUCAGCCAUGGUAUGAUCUGUAUGCCAAGAACCCAUUGGUGUUGCGUCCCAUCUUGUUUGUAAUCUACGGUGCUCGUGGUGGAUCUGCCAAGGAUCUUUCACUUAUCAACUCUCCUCAAUGGUUCAACUUCAUCGCUAACUCUUCCGAUUUCGUCUAUGAUGGACUUCAUAUUGCCGGAAAAUCCGUCUCAAGUAAUGUUGCAAAGAAUACUGAUGGAUGGGAUAUCUACCGCAGUGAUGGUAUUACCAUCACUAACUCUGUUAUCUACAAUGGUGAUGACUGCGUUUCCUUCAAGCCAAAUUCCACCAACAUUUACGUCUCCAACUUGUAUUGCAAUGGAUCUCAUGGUAUCUCCGUUGGUUCUCUUGGCCAAUACCCUGCUGAGUACGACAUUGUCGAGAACGUUUACUCGUACAACAUCUCUAUGAACUACGCUUCCGAUGGUGCGCGAGUCAAGGUCUGGCCCGGUAAUGCGGCUGCUAUGUCAACCGAUCUCCAAGGAGGCGGUGGUGCAGGCUAUGUCAAGAACAUUACUUUCGAUACCUUCUAUCUGAACUCUGUUGACUAUGCUAUUGAAUUGACCCAGUGCUACGGUCAAAACAACGCCAGCUUGUGUGUUCAAGCUCCCAGCAAGAUGAAAUUGACUGACAUCAACUUUAACAACUUUUAUGGAACUACUAGCGGUGUUCGCAAGGCCGUCGUGGCCACCAUUAUUUGCUCCGUUGAAAGCAUGUGCUCAAACAUCGAGGCUUCUAAUAUUAACGUUACAUCGCCCGCAAAGUAUGGUACUUCUCAGUACAUCUGUACCAGAGUAGACACUAGCGACCUUCACAUCCCCUGCACUAGCUCAUAA